AUGACAACAGUCUACCGAAAUGGAAGAUUUUUCGUUGGGGAAGCGGAGAGUCAAACCCCCAACGGCCCAUUUUCAGCUUGUAUGGUCGUCACGAACGAUCUUAUCGAACACAUCGGAGGGGAACCUGAUCUUAUUGUCACACAAGCCAUAGAGAAUGGAGCCUCGGUGUCUGAUAUGCAAGGACGAGUCGUGAUCCCAGGCUUCAUCGACGGACAUAUGCACUUUCUACUACUUGGUCUAGCCCUCCGAAAAAUUGACCUUGGAACCUGCAAGAACAUGGACGACAUCAGUGCUAAAAUCAAAUCAUAUGCCAAAGCGAAUCCGUCCUUACCACGCAUCCUAUGCCAUGGAUGGGAGCAGCCCACAACGAAUGGGAUGGCGCUGGCUAGCAUGCUUGAUCCCAUCGACGAGCGACCCAUGUUCAUCGACGCCAAAGACUUGCAUUCAACAUGGUGUAACACAGCCGCGCUCAAUGAACUGGAUGUCGAGUCGAUGGAGGAUCCAAUCGGUGGCAAAAUCCACCGCGACGAGCAAGGAAGACCUUCCGGAUUACUGAGUGAAGCGGCCGCCGUCACGCUUGUGUGGCCCCAUGUUGCUCGAGUGACGCCCCUUGAGGACAGGAUCAAAGCGUUGCGGGAAGCCGGCAGAAUCUACACGCAUGCAGGAUACACUGGGAUGGUCGAAAUGGCCAUGGACGAGAAUGCAUGGGCUGGAUUGCAACUACUGCGAUCACGCGAGAGCCUACCCUUUCGUGUUGCCGCGCAUUGGCUCAUUAGCCCUUCGGAUGAUGAGAACGUCACUUUGAAGCAGGUAGACCGGGCUAUUGAGCUUCACGAGAAGUUCAAUGCAGACACGUCGCCGGCGCUACGUAUAACAGGGAUCAAGAUCAUCUGCGAUGGAGUGGUCGACGCUUGCACUGCAGCUCUUACUCAGCCUUAUAGCUCGAACGGCGUCUCGUGCUCCCCGCUAUGGACUCCGAAAAUGCUAGCUCCAGUGGUUCAAAAAGCUGAUUCGGCCGGUCUACAGUGUGCCCUGCACGCGAUUGGAGAUGCAGCCAUCAAAAACGCCAUUGACGUACUUGAGAGCUUCGGUACUCCAGGACGCAGACACCGCAUCGAGCAUCUUGAACUGACAUCUCCCGAAGACGCCAAACGGCUAGGCAAAGCCGGCAUUACAGCAUCCGUCCAGCCCGUACAUUCGGAUCCAGCCAUCCUCCGAGCCUGGCCCAAGCUACUAGGCGAAACACGCUGCAAACGGGCGUUCGCCUAUAAGAAAUUCCUGGACGAAGGCGCCGUGCUUGCCCUAGGGUCUGAUGCGCCAACCGCGCCGCAUGCACCACUGUCGAAUCUGUACUGCGCAACCACCCGGCGGUCUGCCAGAGAGCCGGAGUCGUUGGCUACAACCAACGAGCAAUACGCGCUCCCGCUUGCUACUGCGCUGGCUGCGGCUACGGAAGGCGCUGCGUACUCAUGCUUUGCCGAUGCGUGGACUGGGAGACUAAGGCCCGGACUCAAGGCUGAUUUCGCUGUUGUUGAUAUGAGUUGGACCUCAGAAGAUUUGCUUAAAGCACAGGUGUGCCAAACUUGGUUUGAAGGAAAAAAGGUGUAUGAUUGUGACGAUAAAUCGCAUUAG